GGUGUUCCGCUAAAUUACGUUUCGUGUAAACUCAUCACAUAAUUUCAUCUCUUUAAUAAAUUUUGAAGUUUUUAUUUAAGUGGAGUAUAUAUUCUAAGGCGCAGGGUUUGCGUCCACGAAAUUAGAAAGACAGCUUCUGUUUACCAACUACUUUGAAGCGUUGAUUACUUCACUUUCUGAAGCCUUUGAUCACACCUCCGUAGAGCCCAUGGGACAAAUUCUUGAAAAGUUUCAAGCAAAAGAAUGGAAAGAAAAACAGAUAUGGGAUAUCAGCAACAAGGUUUUUGACCGUGUUAAUAAUGGUGAUGGAAGUAAUUUGACAUUUGAACAACUCUAUAUUGGUGUGCUGCUUGUAUACAAUGAUAUUAAUAAGCGUUUGCCUGGUCCUCACUUUGAUCCCCCAACAAAGGACCAAGUUUGCAAACUCAUGGAGGAGUGUGAUAUGAACCUCGAUGGUGUACUGGAUCGUGAAGAAUUUGUCAAGUUUAUCAGCCGUAUAACAAAAGAUACAUUCAUGACGGUGAGUCAGGGUUUGAUCAUUGCUCUGGUCACUGCUCCAACCGUGGCACUUCUAACAAAAAGGUCAACUGAGAAUGUUCCUGGUGUCGGGAAGGUGGUGGAGAAGAUACCCAAUUCAGUCUAUGCGUCCCUUGUCACCCUCGUGGUCAUUGCUUUGCAAAAAGGUUCAGCGAAAGCAUAAAUACUAAAAUUUGCACUGAUUUGUGUAAAAAAAGAUGGCUGCUUGUCAUUCCAUUGGUCUGUAGAAAGCUUUUGCUACUUGAUAAAACAGUUCGUUAUCUUACUAAGGCAAAUAAGGGGUUUUUAGUUGGAAAUGUGGUGCAGUAAAUGUUGCAUGAGAAUAUGGUGUUUGAAAGUUGUAAUUACUUCAUCAGUUGGCUAAAGAGAACUUUUGUAAA